CGACCACGUGACAGCAGCUGCAGCUUGUGUUUCAGACGAAGUGAAAGUGAAAGUGUGUCUUCACAGAUCUGCAGCUACAACAAGGGGAUCUGUACCGGUGGAUGAUCAUGGAUUUACUCUUACACAUACUUUGUUACUUGUCUCUAUGUUCAGGAGUUCUGUGCCUGCAUCAGAUGACAUGGCUGCCCUGUCAUUUCACUGAUGAAAAGGUGUUUCUGAAUGAAGAAGGUCACACUGAGACUCGGCCUAUACACAAAGAGGUCAUGCUGCAGUUUGGCCGAAAAGGAGAUGAUCCAGUCAACCCACAUGCCGUCACUUUCCUGGUCACAGGAUCUAAGUUGGACCUGCGGGAUUAUGUGGAGGGGGUGGAGGCAGAGCAUUUGGACUGUGAGCUGCGUAGGUACAGUACAGAGGGAAUCGAUGUCCGCUGGCCUGCCCAGGAAGCCAAGGAGUACAACCGUUGGUUCAGCUGCACCCUCAAACACAGCAAGGGCCUGUUCACCGUCACUAGCUUCCUCAGACACCCAUCUGACCAACCCCCCCCUGGACAGCAGGACUACCGCAACUGGCCUGUCAUUGAGGACAGGGAGAUGCUCACAACAAUGGUUGCCCUGGUCAUGAAAACACAAUCUCCAUCAGUCAAAGCUGCCCUGAGCUCCCAACAAAAGCUUCACUGCCAGUUUGCUCUGGACCACAGGGGAGCAAAUGUCACUGUGGAGUGGAACUGGCAACAUCGUGGCGAAAGAAUCAUACUCUUCAGCCAUUCCCACCGCUUGGGGCAUAACCAGGGGACUGGGGUUGAGUUGAAGAGCCUCGCUAGGGGGGAUGCUACCUAUAACCUCCCCUUCACCAAGAUGAGCAGUGAAGGGAGGUACAUUUGUUCAGUGUCAGUGAAUCCACUGUUCACCAGUCUGGAUAUAAAUCUGUAUGUCGAAGAGCCUCCCCGUGUCACUGUCAACGUCGGACCCGUCCUCCAUCUGCAGGAGGGCGAGGAGCCGAGGGUUUCCUGUGAUGCAGAGAAUUACUACCCUCUGGAUGUGGAGAUAGUUUGGUACGAGCAGGACCCGGCAGCGGCAGGCCAGAGGGUUGGCGCUCCUCUGCCCACUGUACUCCAGAACAUUUUGCUGUCAAGCCACAAACACAACCAAGACAAGACCUUCUCUGUGUCGGCGUUCUUCUACCUCCAGGGUUCACGCAGGAACUCUGGGAGACAGUUUACAUGCAGCGUCUCCCACCAGUCCUUGCGGAUGCCCAUCAAAAAGAGUUUCAUCCUGCAUGUUGAAGAGCCAAGCAGCUGGUUGUCUGACCGCAACGUUGGUGUCUUUAUAGUCACACUGCUGCUCUUCCUGGGUGUAAUGCUGCUGCUGUACUCAGCAGGAAGAAAAUCAGUACAGAAAAAACCAUACUGAGAACCUCACUGGCCUGAACACGCAUCACAAGCAGAACCAGUGAAGAUGGAGCGGCUGUCACUCCUCCUUCAUUCAUUUUUAUUUGUGAAUGUCCUAGGCUUUGUGUGAGAGUGAGGACAUGUUGGCUGGUCCUCACUUCUUCAAAGGCUUGUUUGAGGGUUAAGACUUGGUUUUAGGGUUAGGGUUAGAAUUAGGUUUAGGGUAAGGGGCUAGGGAAUGCAUUAUGUAAAUGAAUGUCCUCACUAAGAUAGAAGUACAAACGUGUGUGUGUGUGUUUGAUGAGGUGAGUUUUGGUUUCUGUGAAAUUCAAAGUUGCUUUGAUUUUCAUGCUAAAAUUAUGAUUUAGAUUUUAAUCCUUGUGGGCGGCCGGAGCAGUCCACUACACUGGUGACGAUGUACAGUAUAAGCAGUAGUUCCAUGGAGCUGUGUUUUUACAAGUGGGUUUUGUUUGUAUCAUGUACGUGCAUGAUGAUGCACAUGCAUCAAAUGUCAGAGAACAUGCUAAUUUAUUGUUGAAUAUUGACAUUGACAUCAUUGACAUGAUCUUCAACCUAGAAAUAUAUUACACAUGGCAGACAUUGUAAAAGUGAUGGUAGAUUUAUAUUGAAAUUGUACAAAUUACUAAUGAAUUGAAAAACUGUAUUAUCAUGUGGUUUGUGCUUUAUUUUGGCAACAUGUGUUAGAAUAAAGUGUUCUUGGAGUAAGA